AUGGGUGCGACAGAACCGUCCCAAAAAGUGGACUCACCAUCGUCAGAAGUAAAAUUAAAGCCACAAUUAUCAUUAUUUUCUGGAUGUGCCAUUAUCAUAGGCGUGAUAAUUGGUUCAGGCAUAUUUGUUAGUCCCAAAGGGGUGCUGCAAGAAGUUGGAAGCGCCGGUCUAUCCUUGAUUGUAUGGCUUUGUUGUGGUAUAUUCGCUAUGCUAGGCGCAUUAUGUUAUGCUGAACUAGGAGUUCGGAUACCAAAAAGUGGCGGAGACUAUGCUUACCUCAACGAGGCUUUCGGCUCACUGCCAUCUUUUCUCUUCUUAUGGGUUGAACUGCUGAUAGUCACGCCAUCAGGGGAUGCUAUCAUAGCACUCACAUUUGCUAAUUAUGCUCUAAAGCCUGUAUUUCCAAACUGCGAGGUCCCGGAAAUGGCUAUAACUCUUUUAGCGGCUUGCACCAUAGCUCUACUCACAUUCAUAAACGGUUACGAUGUUAAACUUGCCACUCGUUUCAACAAUGUUUUCACAGUCACCAAAGUAUCAGCUUUAGUAGUUAUUAUAGUAGCUGGGUUGGUCUGGUUGGCAAUGGGUCACACUGAUAACUUUCAAAUGCCAGAUUUGAUGGCAGGAAGUGAGAAAAAUCCAGCUGUGCUGGCUCUAGCUUUUUACUCUGGAGUAUUUUCGUUUAGUGGUUAUACCUACCUCAACUUUGUCACCGAAGAGUUGAAGGAUCCAUAUAAGAACCUACCUCGAGCAAUUUAUAUAUCAAUACCAUCAAUCACUAUUAUCUACAUGCUAGUUAACAUAGCUUAUUUUGCAGUUCUGUCAACGGAUGAGGUUCUCGAAUCCGAUGCGGUAGCAGUAACAUUCGCCAAGGAAGUGUUGGGUCUUUUUGCGCCCGUAGUUCCGCUAUUUGUUGCUUGCUCAUGUCUAGGUAGCUUGAACAGCAUCUUGUUUGCUGCAUCUAGGAUGUUCUUCGCGGGUGCGAGAGAAGGGAAACUACCCGAAAUGCUCUCAAUGAUCUCGAUCAAUAAUCUUACACCUCUUCCUUCGUUGAUAUUCUUAGGAGCAAUUUCCAUUACCAUGGUUUUCGUUGGGGAUGUGUACACAUUGAUCAACUAUACUACCUUCACAGAAAGUUUAGUAAUUACAUCUUCGGUGGUCGGCUUAGUCAAACUUAGAUUUACACAAUCAAAUGAGAAAAUCCCACUCAAACAAACCAUACUGAUCCCAAUAACAUUCCUCUUGCUAUGUUCUCUGAUGCUUGCACUGCCUUUUUUCUCACAACCGAGUGAGCUCAUAGCAAGUGUGAUUAUCAUUUUGUCUGGGAUACCCGUCUAUUUCUUGUUCGUUUGGAACACAAAAAGACCGAAAGUGAUUUAUGCACCAUGGAUUGCCUUGACACAUUUCGUACAAAAACUGUUGUUAUGUGUGCCAAGCGAAGAAUAA